UGACUCACCCCCACCACUGGAGUUCGGUCUCCUGGUCUCUAGUCUUCUUGGUUACGAUCGAGCGAAUUUUUAUUAUAAUUCGACAUUUAACUACCGGUACGUGAAAAAUACGUGAUCGCAGUAGGACUUUAAUGAAGCUUAAGCAUUUAAAGUAGUCGCCUGUGUAAAGUGUGCGCGUUUGUCAAUCCAUAUGUGACUGUCAAUCUUUUUUAUCCUGAGGCUUUAACCUAUCACCCAUCACACCAAAUGAUUUAUGAGCUUUGGUGUUUGGCGGAGUUUUAUGGCGCGUGCUGAGCCCACGAAAAUGUUGGGGUCAUGAGAAUUGCCACAUUGCUUCCAGAAGUGUACAUUUUAUCUCUAUGGCUAAGGGAAAAAUAAGAGGUUCUGACUCCAACAAUAAGAUAACAGCAUCAAAUGCAGCAUUCAAAAAUGGAGAAACCUAUACGUCGGAAUUUGAGAUUAACGAGACACCACCCAGCGCUAGAACCUUACUUACCAAGGGCUACACGCAGGAUGAAAUUAAUUCGUUUUCAGGAGCAACUGUAUCGACACGCGGGCGUUUUAUGACAGAACAAGAAAAGUUACGUUGUCCAAAUGAGAGGCCAUUGUAUCUUUAUAUACAGGGACAUACAAAACAUAACGUUGAUUUGGCGAUACAAAAGAUCAAUGAAAUUAUUAAAACGGAACAUCAGAGUUCUCUAAACAGACCAAGCAGAUUUACAAAUGCUCCGCCACCUCUUAUGAGCUUACAUUCUGGAGUAACAAGUGUGGAAAAGAUUUGUGUUGGUAUCGAGAAUGCGCCACAAGGUUUUGACUUACGCGGGCGAAUAUUAGGCGUUGGUGAUGCAAAUUUAAUGUAUAUUAGAGGCGAGACUGGGGCAAAUGUAACCUUAAGAGGAAGAGGAUCUCAGUUUAUUGAUCCAGUUUUGGGAGCAGAAUCUCCAGAACCACUUCACUUGUAUAUAGAGCAUCCGAAGUCAGAAGCACUGCAAAAUGCAAAACAAUUGGCCAUCAACUUAAUUCAAACGAUACAGUCCGAAUUACAGACCUAUAUUCAACAACAGCCACCACCAGUACAACCUCAGCAAGUCAUAGAGCAAUCCCAAAUACCGCAAACUCAAUUCCAAACUAUGAAUAUCGGUAGCUUAGGCCAACCAAACAUGGUCGCAAUACAGCAUCAAGAUAUUAUACAACAUUCACAAAGUAAUGUUGUAACCUUGCCUGCAACAAUUCUUACGGCUACCGUAGCUGGUACUCCAGGACCUGGUGUAUCAGUUCCUCCUCCAGGAGUACAUAUACCACCUCAUACUGGACCAUUAGUUCCACCCCCACAAGCUCAGGAAAUACAAACUUUUAUGUCACCACCACCUGUUGGACAAGUACAAUUAAUCGGUCCUCCGUCAACAGUAAGUCAAGUUCAAUAUCAGAUACAUCCUGGUCAACCAUUACAAAUCCAAGGACUUCAACCAGGAUCGCAAUCCUCGCCACAGCCUGUAGCGCAAAUGUAUGUCAUGAGUCAACCGCCGCCACAAAAUCCGGCGCAGCAGAGUUUCAUAACGAGCAGCAACGCGCCGGUGAGUGGGGCAGUGUCGUAUGUAUAUACGCAACCGAACAUGCAAAGGCCCGCUACGCCAUCCCAAGGAAUUAUCGAAACCGUUAAUGUGAAUUUGCAACAACCUCCCCCAGCGGCGCCGCUCAAUAUAACGCAACAACCGCCACCGCCAUUGUUGCAUCUUCAUUUUCCGCCACCAAACUUCCCACCGAAUCAACCACCUCCUCCCGUCCCGCAAACCUAUCAGAUACAGUAUCAACAGGUACAGGCACCCGUGUCACAGUCGCAAACGCAGUUUGUCUUGCAGUCCGGCGAGCAUAUAGUUCCGCCUCAGUUACAACAGAAUCAUGAACAAUCUCAACAUAUGAUACCUCAUCAAUUCGAAGGUCACGCACCGCCAUUUCAUUUACAAGUACCUCCACCACCGUCUGCGCAAACUUUCCUAGUACCUAACGCUCAGUCUCCUCAUCAUCCACAACCGCCACUUCCUCCCGGCGGUGAAAUUCAACAUCAGCAAGAGGGCCCGGACCAGGGACCGUUGCCGCAGCCGGUACCCCCUCCGCAAAUAGUACCACCGCCGUCAAUCAGCCAGAUGCCGAAUUCCAUGAAUAUUCUUACCAGCGUACCACCACCAACGCAACCGCCUCCACCGCAAAAUGCUCCGUGGCUAUACCAAGCUCAGCAGCCACAGCAGAUGCCACAACCACAAGGGCAAUUGCAGAUGCAAUUGCCACCGCAGAAUAUACCUCUUCAUAAUGUACCUCCACCGCAAGUUCAAGCACAAAUACAAUAUCAUCCUCAACACCACAUACAAUAUCAAAACGGUCAUAUACCGACGCAAGUACAUUACACGAUGCAACCGCCGCAUCAGCAAUUCGAGCAGAAACCCGAUUCGCCAGAACAGCAAAAAUCACAUGGAGUAAAGAGAAGGUUCUCGGACGUUGAGGGAGGUCAGGAACCACCACCGCCGCCACCACCAUACCAAUGUGCUCCGUUACCUGCGCAACGGCACGGCACAGGAGAAGGUGAUCGACAACAGCAAGUCUUACAUGGUCCAUCACCCACACCUGCGGGUCUGCCACAUGGAGAUCGAAACAAGAUGCUAAUGCCACCUCCACAUCCAGGUGAAAAACGGAACCUGGACCAAAAGCUUGCAGGACUAUCUUCAGGAAAUGAUCAAAAUAUAAUUGCUGAAUCUGGAAAUAUUCAUGUCGGCAAUGGUCCACCUCUACCGCCUCCACCUUCGUCACAGGCGCCAUGGCAAAGUCAUCACAUGAGGGUUCCUUGGUAUAGACCACCGUCAAGGGAAGGGGAACCUACCGGAGUUUGUCCUGGAUUACCUCCUAUUAAUCUGCCUCCGCCUCAGAUCAGGCCACGAGGUCUCGCUGACGGUAAUCGCUCUCCCACUCAGAACGCCGCGUUAGAGCAGUCGUUGAACGUCGAGUACAAUCAAAUGCCGCCCUAUACGACGAAACCGCCGCCUUACAAUGCGCAUCCAUUGAUGCAGUCGAUUUGCAAUCCGCCGCCACCACCGCCGCCGCAUCACCAACAACCGCGGCCGCAGCAUCCUCCACAAACAGUGCAGCAUUAUCAGGUGCCGAUAUCUCAGACAUAUCAGCCACCGACAUCCUGUCCGCCGUGGAUGAACUGAAAGUCGUAAUACUACAAGCGGCGUUUCUUGCUCCGUUUCUUGUAUCUUGAUGAUGAUCGAUGCGAUUUGAUGAAAGCGACGAUGUUUCAAUGGGUGACAUUAAUAACAGAGCGACGAAAAUCAAGCUGCAAGGAUCUGAUGUAAAUGAACAGUUGGAACUGCAUCGUGUUAUUUGCACUUAAUUGUAUGUUCCUUACGACAGUUAUAAUUUAAUAAUCUAUUUCAAGGAGGGAGAAUACUGAACAGUGUGUAAAAAUUUGUAAAAAUGUUAAAGAUUAUUUAUACUGUAUAAUUUAAAUUUGGUAUACUAAGAGAAAGAAAGAA